CUCCGCGACCACUCCGACGCAGUUAUCGAGGCUCUUCUCACCGAUACCCGCACGUUACUCACCCCCCAUCUCUCUCUCUCUAUGCGAGGAACCACCCAUGAACCCCUUCGGAAACCCUAGCCCCGCCCCUCGAAGGCCGAGAUGAUCCCCCGCGAUGGACCCGGAUCGAUCGGACGCACUAGAUCUCGCGGCGCCCGGAUCCAUGGCGGGGGAGGAGGAGGAAGAGGCGUCGGGAUGGGCGAUCGUGGCCGCGGAGGACGUCGAGGGCGCCGAGGCUCCGAAGGUGGUGGAGUGGGAGGACCUGCAGCAGGAGCUCGCGCGCCUCUGGAGCCUUGUCGCGGCGCUCGGGAAGGCGAAGGAGCGGAAGGAAACCCUCGCGCGGAGGCUCGAAUCGAUCAUCGAGGUAAGGAGAAAAUCACUACACCAGACUAAUGAGCUGGAGGAAAUGAGGCAAAAGCUGGAAGCUAGAAAAGUUGCCAUGCAGAAUAUGCUGAUGCAUGUGAAGAAAGAAAAGGAGAAUGUUGAGGGCCAGAGGGAGAAACUUCUUCCUAAGAUCAAAAUGUUGUUGGUAGCUGGCAAGACUCUCUCCGCAGCUCACCAACAACUUCAGGAAGCUAAUAAGUUGUUAUCUGGAGAGAAGGGUCUUGGCCAUCUGAAAAAUCUACAAAAGAUGUUACGGAUGAGGGAAAGGUAUAUGGUAGCGCAAGUUGCUAGCCUCUAUCCUGUGAAGACCUUGAAAGAUAAAGCACCAGUUGAGACUCUUGAUUCAAGUUCUGGUGGCACCAAAACUAGAGAUGAUGAUUCUUCUUCACCUAAUAUGUCUAGAUCUAUGCAAUUGUCACAUUUGGCAAUCUCGGGUUUACAAUUAACCACGCUCCCGAUGCAAAAGAUGAGUUUUUUCACUGAUAAAAAGGAGGUCCGGAGGUCUGCAACUGUUCUGGGUUAUGUUGCACAUGCAGUCUUGCUUAUUGCUAAAUACUUAGACGUUCCUCUCCGCUACCCAUUGCGAUUGGGAGGUUCACGUUCAUAUAUUCAAGAUCAUGCACCUUCAGUUGAGUCUACGUCAGCAGAAUCGGCUGUAAAUUCAAUUACUACGUCCACAAAUUCUAGACCUACAGAAUUUCCCUUAUUUCUAGAGGGCCAGGAUACAACGAGAGCUGCUUACGCAAUGUUCUUAUUGAACAAGGAUUUAGAGCAGCUUUUAAAUUACGUCGGCGCAGAAAGCUUGGGACCAAGACAUGUAUUAGCAAAUCUGAAGGAACUUGUGAAAAUGAUCCUGUCGCAGGAAUAUGUUGAUAAUUGAUUCAACUCUACAUAUAUAGUAGUUCUUAUUCAACAGAGAUUUAGCAACUAACCAAAUAACUAGCUGGUUUGUAUUUAUGCACUGGUGCCUUUUUUGUGGAGCACCUGUUCUAUGAACUUUGAAGGAGGUUGUUCAUACUUCAUACGUCCGUGUAAAUUAGUGUCUCCAAUUUUAAAGAGUCAUUUUUCUUUGUUAUGUUCACCAGAAAAGGCUUGUACAAGAAGAUGAUAAAUUUAUCGACCGGAUCAGAAGAAGUUUCUGAGCUUUUCAGCACGUGAAUUGAUAUCUUCUCCUAUUUUUGCUUUCUUUGGUACUAGAUGAUAUGUAGCUUGAGCGCUUUUGUGGAGUUGUAAAAUCAGAAACUAAAUGGUUAGAUGUGAACUGCAAUGUUUGAAACUCUUUUUA